AUGCAUCUCCUUACCCUAUUGAGUCUAUCGGCUGUUGCCUUAGGAGCAGCCCUGCCCAGACAAGCCACCAGUGCUGAGCCUUGUGCAGACCUGGUCAGCUUGUACAAUGCCUCUGCGCAGCCAGGAGACUCAGCACAACUUCUCGACAGUCAGAUAGCGCAGGACUGCCUUUCGUCGAUCCCUUUCUACUCCGAUCUCGCCACAAAGUUCAUGGCAGAGUUCCGCAAGCAUGUUGCCUUCCAGUCAACCCUUGAGAUCUUGGCCAAUCCGCCAGAUACUUACGAGUCGAAAGCGGUCGACAUACUAAGAGGGUUGGAUGAAAUCGAUGCCAAGGUCGAAACUGGACACUACUCUAGCCACUACGAGUUCGAGACUGAGGUCGCAUUGCUCAUUAGCUCCGCCAACGAUGGCCACUUCUCGGUCCGCUUAUGCACGACGGGCCUUUUCUCCUUCUCUUUGGGAGAGUACGGGCUCGUAUCAGUGUCAACUACCGGUAUCGAUUUGCCGCAGCUCUAUGUGCUACUCAACGGAAUGCUCGUUGGAGGCACUGACGAAGCUACACCGAUCACUUCAAUCAACGGCCAAAACGCCACAAACUAUAUCACCCAAAUUGCAGAAUACCAAGGCUUUCAAGAUCUGGACGUCCGCUACAAUUCCCUGUUCUUGUCGUAUGCAGCUGGCGGUAGUGGGAGCACAACACCAUCUCUGGGAUCAUUCUCCUUCAAUUCAGGCCUCUGGCCGGGCUCAAACGUCACUGUCAUCGACUUUGAAGACGGAUCGACACUGCAGAUUCCAACGAUCGUUUCUGUAAGCUUUGCCAGUUCUGAAGGCAUCAAAGAUGGCCAAUCGCUGUUCCAAAGCACUUGCAUCCCUAGCCCAACCUCUGAGGAACCUUCCUCCACCACAUCACCUGUGGAGCCUGAGGUCACGACCGAGGUGUCGCCAGAGACAGAGCCAGAACCCUCCGCAGAGCCUUCGGCGGAGCCCUCGACCCUUCCCUCAUUCACAUCUGGGCCUCUUGGCUAUCCCGAAAGCAUCGUGCGAGACGGGUACAACCAGGUCAACGGCUUCUACUUGGACAACGACACGGCAGUGAUGUUCAUUCCCACCUUUGAGACCGAUAAUGCGCCUGCGAAUGACUCGUUAAAUGUAGCCGAGAUCGCCGCUGGCUUUAUCUAUACCGCACGCAACUCAGGCCACAGCAGGCUCAUCAUUGACCUCACCGGCAACGGUGGAGGGGACAUCACCCGAGCGUUUACCCUCUUCAGCAUUUUCUUCCCCGCUGAAAUCGCGUACUCGGCCACUCGAUUCCGCCGCCACCCUGCCUCCGAACUCGUCUCCAAAGUCUUAGGAACCCUCAACGAAACCGAAGCUGCCAAAGAAGUUGACUUUGUCUACCAAUAUGCCGUCACACCAGACCAGCACUCGGGCUUUCCGACACUCGCCUCCUAUCUCACCACUAUCACCGAGCACGGUGUACCCGUUAGCGCCCUCCACGCCAACUUCAAUAACAGUGCAUACUCCAGUGAAGAAUCCCCAAUCUACGGCUACGGGCCCUUCCCCAUCACCAACAAGACCGCCCCAUACGCACCAGAAGACAUCCUCAUUAUCACCGAUGGCUACUGCUCCUCAACCUGCACUACCUUUGUAAACCUGAUGAGCAAUGUCGGCCAAGUCCCCACCCUAGCCUUCGGCGGCCGUCCACUCAACGCGCCCAUGCAGAUCAUGGGCGGUGUCCGCGGCGGCCAAGCCAUGCAAGCCGACGGCGUCAGCUCCUUCUUCGCCGUAACGGCGCAGCAGCUGCAGGUGGACCCCAGCAUUCUGAGCGCCGAGGAGCUGCAGCUCGCCAACGACACGGCGCCGCUGCCCCUCGCUGCCUUUCCCGUUGUCGUCACUUCCCUCGGUGUGAAUUUGCGUAAUGCGUAUCAGGAGGGUGACGAUGAUCUGCCGCUGCAGUUCCAGUACCAGGCUGCGGACUGCCGGCUGUUCUACACACUGGAGAACUACCUGCAGCCGUCGACGGUGUGGCAGGCUGCGAAGGAUGCAGUUUGGGGUGGCGGUGGGUGCGUGCCAGGCAGCACGGGUGGGAAGGGGAGCUUGGCAGACCGGGCUGGGAAUGGGACUGCUGGCCGUGGGUGGAGUGGCUGGAGGGAGAAAUCAUCCGUCUAUGGAAGGCCGUGA